GUGAAGUAAGGGUGUGUUGUCUGUUUGGUGAAGAAUGAAGUCGUUUGUGGUGUUUGCCGCGGCCAUAUUGGCCACCGUUUCCGCUGCUCCGUAUCAGCUGAUCCUGCUGGAUGAGGCGGAUCUUCCGAUUGCCCCAAUCCGUGUGGUCCGCUCGGCUUCGGACGGUGGACUGAGCGGCAGUGCGGCCAACGCCGGUGCUCAGUCGUUCAACACGGGUGGCUUCGGAGGGUUCCCUGGAGGGUUCGGAGGGCUUUCCGGUUCGGCAGCUAACGCGGGUGCCCAGUCCUUCACCAUGGGAGGUGGCGGCGGACAUGGAGGAUUCCCCGGAUUCGGUGGACUGUCAGGGUCGGCGGCCAAUGCCGGUAGCCAAUCGUUCACGCAGGGUGGCGGACAUGGAGGAUUCGGAGGUCUUUCCGGAUCGGCUGCCAACGCUGGUACCCAAUCGUUCACGCAGGGCGGUGGCCACGGUGGAUUCGGUGGAUCGGCUGCCAACGCCGGUGCCCAAUCCUUCACAAUGGGCGGUGGCGGUGGACACGGUGGAUUCCCGGGCCUCGGUUUCUCGGGCUCUGCUGCUAAUGCUGCCUCGCAAACCUUCACCCAAGGUGGCGGCCACGGAGGAUUCGGUGGACUAUCUGGAUCGGCGGCUAACGCUGGCGCUCAAUCGAUCGUAGCUCACUAA